AUGCGUGAGGCGAUCUGCAUCCACAUUGGGCAGGCGGGUGUGCAGAUUGGCAAUGCAUGCUGGGAGCUUUUCUGCCUUGAGCACGGUAUCCAGCCCGACGGCCAGAUGCCCUCUGAUAAGACGAUCGGAGGCGGCGACGAUGCCUUCAACACGUUCUUCUCCGAGACUGGCGCUGGCAAGCACGUCCCCCGCUGUGUGAUGGUCGACCUAGAGCCCACUGUGGUCGAUGAAGUACGCACGGGUACAUACCGUCAGCUGUUCCACCCUGAGCAGCUCAUCUCGGGCAAGGAGGACGCCGCGAACAACUUCGCGCGAGGCCACUACACCAUCGGCAAGGAGAUCGUCGACCUCGUCCUGGAUCGGAUCAGGAAGUUGGCCGACAACUGCACUGGCCUCCAGGGCUUCAUGAUCUACAAUGCCGUCGGCUUCUACUCUUCCGGCAACCAACUGCGGGAAUCUCUGACGUGGGCCUCCCGGGCCCCAGCAGCGGGCCACGCCCCUCCGCCGUCGCCCGCCCCCGCCGACCGUGCCCCGCGCGCCCCUCGGGGCCCGACGGGGCUCGGCGGGGCUCGGCCGAGCCCCGGGGCGGGCCGCGGCUGCAGCCUGUGCGCGUGGCCGCGGACAGCUGGCACCCGUGCCCAUGCGACCUGCAUGGUCCUCGGGGGGUGCGUGUGGUCGGAUUGGCUCUCGGCUCGAACGGGGGCCCUUGGAUCGGAGUCCGACAGCCCUUGCCCACAGCUGCAGGGCAGCCUCCAACCGCGAGGCGCGGGCCAGCCCCCCCCCCCCUACAAGUAUGAGCGCGCGUCGUCCGCUCGUCACGAGCAGCGGGCCGCACUCCUCUGCUGUCCCCCGCCUCAAGAAAAAACUCAGGGGAGGGCCAUGCUCGGUGGGGCGGUCAGUCGAGGGGGGUCACUCGGAUGCCCAACUCGCUCCCGGCCCGGCUGA